UCUGUGUUGGUGGGGAGUGUGUGUACUUUUAUAUACAUUUAAAAAAAAACGAUUUUUUUUCCCUUGCCGUCCUUUCCAGUUCGCGUGUCACCAUUUCCUCCAAAAACGAGCCGGACUUUUUAGCGCGAGCUUCCCGGGUGCUCCACAGCAAGCGAAUUAUUGGCGCGGUCGUGGGCAUCGUCAUGAUCGUGGCGCUGGUCAUCGCAAUUCCGCUUCUGGUCCAGACCUCAGUGGUUUCAGCGCACUACGAAAUGAUGGGAACUUGCCGGAUGAUCUGUGAUCCGUACAACCCCAAACCAAGCGCUACGGCGCUUGAGGUGAUGCAGGAUCUCAGUGCCAUCCCACCAUCUUUCGCUCAAGGGACUAGAGGGGAACCGGGCCGUCCGGGCAAACCGGGACCCAGGGGUCCACCUGGCGAACCGGGUCCACCUGGUCCAAGGGGACCACCUGGAGACUCCGGCAAACCUGGAUUUACCGGCAUCACUUCGGGAACGGCGAGGACUGAGACAGGUGAUGUUGGUCCAGCGCUGGGGAACGUCAAGAUCGCGUUUUAUGUGGGUCUCAAGAACCCUCACGAAGGCUACGAAGUGCUCCGGUUUGAUGAUGUUGUAACAAAUGUCGGAAAUCACUAUGAUCCCACUACUGGCAAGUUUACGUGUCAGGUGUCGGGGAUUUACUACUUCACCUACCAUGUGCUGAUGCGCGGCGGGGACGGAACAAGCAUGUGGGCAGACCUCUGUAAAAAUGGACAGGUUCGGGCGAGCGCCAUCGCACAAGACGCCGAUCAGAACUACGACUACGCGAGCAACAGUGUCGUCCUGCACCUGGACUCUGGCGACGAGAUUUAUGUCAAACUCGACGGCGGAAAGGCGCACGGAGGAAACAACAACAAAUACAGUACAUUUUCUGGUUUCAUUCUGUAUCCAGACUGAGCCGCCCUCUUCGUUUCAAACUGACUGUUGAUGAAUCUCCUCUCUUCGCGCGGCACACUCUCGGCACUUCUUUGUCAUUCCUGUCCGUAGUGUCGCUGGGAAUAUAAGGGUCAUCUGAACUCAGCGCCAGUGUGAGAAUAUGUUGUCUGAAUUUGUCCCUUUUUGUUUAACGAUGUCUUGUGUUUGGCUAAUAUACCCAAUUAAAAGAAGCGCGUUAAUUAUA